AUGGGUAAAGGAAAGCCACGUGGAUUAUUGGCCGGAAGAAAGCUCAGCAACCACCGUCGUGAGCAGCGUUGGGCGGAUCUUUCAUACAAGAAGCGUGCUCUGGGAACCGCUUUCAAGUCUUCACCAUUCGGAGGAUCAUCCCACGCCAAGGGUAUCGUUCUCGAGAAAGUCGGUGUCGAGGCCAAACAGCCAAACUCCGCUAUCCGAAAGUGUGUCAGAGUUCAGUUGAUCAAGAACGGAAAGAAGGUUACUGCUUUCGUACCUAACGAUGGUUGUCUCAACUUCGUAGACGAGAACGACGAGGUUCUUCUUGCAGGUUUCGGUCGUAAGGGAAAGGCAAAGGGAGAUAUUCCUGGUGUGCGAUUCAAGGUCGUCAAGGUUUCCGGAGUUGGUCUUUCAGCGCUGUGGAAGGAGAAGAAGGAGAAGCCAAGAUCGUAG